AUGUGCGUAAUGGUGCUGGGUGCACUUGUGGUAUGUUUGGUGGGUAUUAACGCGGCCCAGGAAGCCAUGGGCGUUUUUCCCGAUGAUUUAAACUUAAGAGGAGAUUAUGCCGUUAAUGAUAACACGCAUUUUCACCACCAUCACCACCACCACCAUCCGGGGUUCCAUAAUCAUUUUGAUAAUGAUGAUGAGAUGGGUGAGGUGGACGAGAACAGUAAAAGUGAUGGGUCUAAUGGGACCUUGCAGAUUCCCUUGGAUUUCAUCAAAGACCUCAACCAGCACAACGUUAGCGACCUAUUGCUGCACUACAUAGAAGAAGACGCUGUUUUCCUUCAAGAUCGGUUUGGGGGAGAUGAGGCAGAGGAAAGAAGCGCUGCCACUAUCCCAAAGGGGGCACCUUGCAUGCCUGAACUACAGACAGUAAACAUAGCAGCGUCUGACGAUCCAAGUGUUCUCUACAUCCCCCAAUGUACAAGGGUGGAGAGAUGUGGGGGCUGCUGCUCUCAUCAUCUCUUAGCUUGUCAGCCCGAAACGAAAGAAGAAAUUCCUUUCAAGGUCAUUAAAACGCAAUAUACCGGAGGUAAAAAAUUAAAAGUCCUAAGUAAGGAAGUUAUUUUGGUUGAAAAACACACGAAAUGUAAAUGUGAUUGUAAAGUCAGAGCUGAGGAUUGUAACAGAUUUCAAGAGUACAGAAAGUCGGAAUGUAGGUGUGCCUGUACUAAUUAUGACGAGGAAAAAAAGUGUAACAAAAACAGUUUGACCAAAUUGUGGAACCCAGAUUUGUGUGCCUGCCAGUGUCGGGAGACAAUGCAGUGCUCCACCGGCUCGUAUUUCGACCAAAACGAAUGCAAAUGUUUGCCAACUCCUGUGAAAAGACGCUUUGCCCCCUUUCAAAGGAGGAGCUACAGAACACAGCCCUUCCCAAUAGUCCCCUUAGAUGAUGACUAGAACAGCAUUUGUACCAAAAACGGCGCCCAACGGCCCAAACCAAACUUUCUUUGUUGUCCAUUUAAAACUUUAAAUGACUUACCACAAUGUGGUGCAAUCAGCUUGACAGCUCCCGAUUGUGCAUUAAAUGAGUAUAUUUCCUAAACAAAUAAACAUUUUUACCAACGGUCA